UUUGGAAUUUCUGAUACAUGGGAAGAAAAAAAGAGGGGGCGAGUGCGCGAGAAGUUUGACUUAAAGAAAAACUAUCAACAAUCGGAGAAAGGAAGUGAAAGAGAAACAGUUGUCGGAAACAACGGAAUACGACGCGAAUCCGCUGGUUGAACUUUGCAUAAUCAGCCUCAAACGGGAUUUGUUAUUUUGGAGGUCUUUUCCACUUGCACCGCUACCGUUAACGGCAGUUUCCCGACUGAUGUGCUGGCAUAAGUAGCUAGCUAGCUAGCAGUGCACAACUCAGCCCUGCUUUUUGCUAGUUGAGUACUGGUUUGCAAUAGUUUGUAUGGGAUCUAAAGCCCCAGACAGCCUGGGAGCUCGCUAGAUCGCAAAGACCGAAUCUUGCAUGUGUCUGGUGUGGCGGCGUCUCCUGUUCGCUGCUGUCAGGUCUAUGAAGUGCAAAUACUAGUUGGCAGGUUGGUGGAAGGGGAGGUGGUGUGUACUACGGCUCUGGGCGCCGAGAUUCACAUUGGUGUUCGUUUCACAUCAAAGUAUCGGACGGUGUAUGAGCGAUCGGGGGAGUAAUUUUCGAGUUCCUUGCAGAAACGUCGGAAACUGCCAUUUAGGACGUCUGAAAAUCAAGGGGAAGUGUGAUUGAGCUUUGGCUAGCUGGCUAAUUGGGUAGCGACAGACUCUGACUGUUGGCUUGCUUGUCAGCUAGCUAGCUAGCUACACCUGGAGCGCUAGCCUAAACAUGCCAGUACGGAAGAAAGAUGCUCAGCGGGCACUGAUCCUCCUGGAGGAAUAUCGGACGAAACUCAACCAAACGGAGGACCGGCAACUCAGACACUCGAUUGAGAGGGUCAUCGACAUCUUUCAGAGCAACCUCUUCCAGGCACUCAUAGAUAUCCAGGAAUUUUACGAAGUGACCUUAUUGGACAAUCAGAAAUGUACGGAGUCUCCGAAGCCAGCCGAACCCACGCCCCCAGUCAACCUGUGGGACUUAUCCAGCCUUCCAAGCACAACUGUGACUUCACAAACCCUGCCCAGCAGCCUUAGCACCAGCAUAGAGAAAUACAGGCACCAAGAUGAGGACACGUCGCCCCAAGAGCACAGCUCCCCACAGCUCACCAACGAGGUCCAAGGGCCGGAGCUGGUGCAGGUGUCGGAGAAGAACCUGUCGCAGAUCGAGAAUGUACACGGCUUCGUCUCCCACUCACAUAUCUCCCCCAUGAAGGUAGAGUCCCUGGAAUGCAUCUUCGAUGGGCCGGGCCCUUUAGGACAUGAGGAGGUCCCCGCCCCCGCGUUCUCCACGUUGUACCCUCAAAGCGAUACGCUGUUGCAGCAGACAGAUGCCAUUCCUCCCUCCGCUCCCAUAAUCCCUGUGAUCCCUAUCUCGCCAGUCCCAGCCGAGACUACUGUCAUCUCCGCACCCACGUCACAGGCAAAUCCUCCGCCCGUAGUGGUGAAUACAGAUAGCUUGGAUGCACCCCCAUAUGUGAACGGAACGGAAGCUGAUUACGAAUAUGAGGAAAUCACGCUUGAACGGGGAAAUUCGGGCCUGGGCUUCAGCAUCGCGGGCGGCACGGAUAACCCUCACAUCGGCGAGGACCCCAGCAUCUUCAUCACAAAGGUCAUCCCAGGGGGCGCAGCUGCUCAGGACGGUCGGCUCCGAGUCAAUGACUGUAUACUGAGGGUGAAUGACGCUGACGUGAGAGACGUCACCCACAGUAAAGCCGUGGAGGCCCUGAAGGAGGCCGGCUCUAUCGUCAGACUGUACGUCAGAAGAAGAAAAGCAGUGACAGAAAAGAUCAUGGAAAUCAAGCUGGUGAAAGGUCCUAAAGGUCUUGGUUUCAGCAUAGCCGGGGGAGUGGGGAAUCAGCACAUUCCCGGGGACAACAGCAUCUACGUCACCAAAAUCAUCGAGGGAGGGGCGGCGCACAAAGACGGGAAGCUGCAAAUAGGAGACAAACUUUUGGCUGUGAACAACGUUUGCCUCGAGGAGGUGAGCCACGAGGACGCGGUGACGGCCUUGAAGAACACUCCCGACGUGGUGUACCUGAAAGUGGCGAAACCCACCAGUGUCUUCAUGAAUGACAGCUUUGCUCCCCCAGACAUCACUAACUCCUAUUCCCAGCACAUGGAGAACCAUAUCAGUCCGCCUUACCUGGGACAGCCUCUCGCACCCGCCUCCACAGGCCGCUUCUCCCCUACCCCCAAAGCCAUGCUGGGAGAAGAGGAGAUCAGCAGGGAGCCCAGGAAGGUGGUCCUGCACCGAGGCUCCACGGGGCUGGGCUUCAACAUCGUGGGCGGAGAGGACGGAGAGGGCAUCUUUAUCUCCUUCAUCCUGGCGGGAGGGCCGGCCGACCUGUGCGGGGAGCUGAGGAAAGGAGACCGCAUCGUCUCUGUGAAUGGAGUAGAUCUCUGCAAUGCUACACAUGAGCAGGCGGCUGCAGCCCUGAAGAACGCAGGCCAGACGGUCACCAUCGUGGCGCACUACAGACCCGAGGAAUACAGCCGAUUCGAAGCCAAAAUCCAUGACCUGCGGGAGCAAAUGAUGAACAGCAGCAUCAGCUCUGGGUCUGGCUCUCUGCGGACGAACCAGAAGAGGUCCCUAUAUGUCAGAGCCCUCUUUGACUAUGACAAGACGAAGGACUCGGGCCUGCCCAGUCAAGGCCUCAACUUCAAAUUCGGGGACAUCCUGCACGUUGUGAACGCCUCGGACGACGAGUGGUGGCAGGCGCGGCAGGUGACGGCGGAUGGGGAGGUGGAGGAGAUCGGCGUCAUUCCCAGCAAGCGGCGGGUGGAGAAGAAAGAGAGAGCCAGGUUAAAGACAGUGAAAUUCAACUCCAAAUCCAGAGACAAGGGGUCAUUCAAUGACAAGCGUAAAAAGAACCUCUUUUCCCGAAAGUUCCCUUUCUACAAGAACAAGGACCAGAGCGAGCAGGAAACGAGCGAUGUUGACCAGCAUGUAACCUCUAAUGCCAGCGAUAGUGAAAGUAGCUACCGUGGCCAGGAGGAGUAUGUGCUGUCCUAUGAGCCAGUCACUCAACAGGAAGUGAGCUACACCCGUCCAGUGAUCAUUCUGGGACCCAUGAAGGACAGAGUAAAUGAUGACCUGAUCUCAGAGUUCCCUGACAAAUUUGGAUCCUGCGUACCCCACACGACCAGACCAAAGCGGGAUUACGAAGUGGACGCCAGAGAUUAUCACUUUGUCGUCUCACGGGAGCAGAUGGAGAAGGACAUUCAGGAUCACAAGUUCAUUGAGGCCGGCCAGUACAACAACCACCUGUACGGGACAAGUGUCCAGUCAGUGAGGGAGGUGGCAGAGAAGGGCAAACACUGCAUCCUGGAUGUUUCCGGCAACGCCAUCAAGAGACUCCAGAUUGCACAGCUGUAUCCCAUUGCCAUUUUCAUUAAACCAAAAUCUGUGGAAAAUAUAAUGGAGAUGAACAAGCGGUUAACAGAGGAGCAGGGUAAGAAGACCUUUGACCGAGCCAUGAAGCUGGAGCAAGAGUUCACGGAGCACUUCACCGCUAUCGUUCAAGGUGAUACCUUGGAAGAGAUCUAUGACCAGGUUAAACAAAUCAUCGAGGAGCAGUCGGGUCCCUACGUAUGGGUUCCUGCCAAGGAGAAAUUGUGAAGGGGGGAGGGUUGAAGUUCUGCUUUUUCUUUUUCCUUUUAUUUAUUGAUUUUUUUAACCAACCUGGCCUGCUGCGUUUGGCUCCCCUGCCCAGAAGAUCUGAAUUGACUUGUCCCUCUUCCAUAUGUCAUAACAGGGCUAGCAACCUCCACCAGGCCCCCAUGCUCUCCCCCAUCUUUCACACUUGCCAUCUCUUCAGGAGUGAUGUUAGGGACUCCUCUCUGGAUUGCCACUACUUCCUGAGAAAGGGGAGGGGUAAUGCCUAACCAGCAACAAAAAGUAGGGUUUUUACGGUACAAUUCCUUAAUGUUUAAGGGAGGUGACUUUCUGCAAAAAAAA